UGAUUGUACAGUCUGACAGCUGCAGGGAGGAAUAUAAUAAUAAUAAUAUAAUAAUAAUAUGUAUAACUAUUAAAGGGUAAGUAGGAUCCUCAUGGGUUAUCUAUCGUAGGGUGGACGCUGGAUGAUUGUUUUCCCUCUCUUGUUACAGGCCUACACACUGCUGCUGUCUUGUUGUAGCCUUGUUGUUGCUUUGCUGUUAUUUAUGGACUGGCAUUGACUGGUUCAUUGUUUUAUGGUGUUUUCAUCUUAACUGUUUGUUAUACUGUAAUUGUGCUUUUAAAAGGAGUUGUAUUUUAGAGUGUGUGCAUUUGUUCUUGUCUCCUUAUGUCUUAUUUCCUGAGUUGUUUGCUGUUUUGUAUGCCACAAUUUCUAGGUUCUUUUUGAUUUUGCUUUAGUGGCGGCACAGUCGCUUGUUGUGGGGGCUAGGCGCGUGUGGUAAAAUUCCCUCAGAUGCAUGUGAAUGUACACACCGGGAAAUGGGUAUAACGCACCAUUUAACAGUUUGGUAAUGCCAGCCCUGCAACCUAGUUCUUUUUUUUGCAGCUCUGUGCUUUUAGUAUUUUUUUCUUAAAAGCUUUGCAUGUGGUAGAGGGGAUACCAGGGGAGAGGCUAUUACAUGAGGGAAGCAGGACAGGACAGGACUGAGCCUUAGGACCUAUCUCUUUGUGCAAAAAGGUACAGAAUAAAUGCUGGCAGCCUUUUAGUGGGACUCGUGCUCACAGUACCGCACUGUGAAAAUCAUCUGACAUUCUCCAAAGAAUAUCAGAACCAGACUAGCAUCCAGUUCUCCUUAAAGAUGAGAAAAUGUUCUCAUUUAAGGGAAGAUGGCUGCUGAAAGUGUUCUUCUCUAUAUCAUCUUGUGCUAGGAUUUAUCUUCAAGAAGCAUCUUUUGAAUUAAAUACAAAAAACAAACAAAAAAGUAAUUUGUAGUUAGUAAGUAAACAUUGACUUUAAUUGUGUAACCCUGGUAAGAUUUACAGCAAUCAGAAGUACAGGGUUCUUUGAAUGCAUCGUAGUUCUUGUUUGAUAGUUUAAUUUCCGGGCUUGCCCUGAAGGCAUCAUCUGCAGCUCGGUGCGCGUGAAGGUGUGGUGUAGGGGGGAAAGGACGGCAAGGAAAAAGUCCAUGCUGCCGCGGAGCACGGUUUUUCCCAGUUGAAAGAGAGAAAAGAGGUUCUAUUAACAUUUGUGAGAGCGCUGUCGUUAGCGGUGAACCACAGACGGGUACCUACCUCAAAGGAGUCGGAGUGUUUUGAACUUUUUGAACUAUUCUGGCUACAAUGAGGGUCACAGCAGCCGUACUCUGGACAGCAGCCGUGUUGGUGGGACUUCAGAAGAGCGCUUCAUCACCUGACAACUUUGUAGACCGAUCAUCCCAAAACCUCUCCUCUGUCCCAACUGACCUGCCACAGACGACUGAGUUUUUAGACCUCUCUCGCAACUACAUACGUCAGCUUCACAAUGGAGACUUUCAAAAAACCACUCACCUCAGGUUCCUGAAUGUGUCAUGGAACGGUUUGGAGAAGAUCGAUCCACAGACUUUUCUUGACACGCCUCUCCUGGAACAUCUGGAUCUGUCGCACAACAAUCUCAAGAACCUCUCAGGUCAACAAUACCUGCUACACACAGUGAACCUCCUGGUGCUAAACUUGGCCUUUAACAGAUUUCUUACCAUGACAUUGGGGAGUGAGUUCAGCUCUCUUGUAAAACUGGAAAGAUUAACAGUUGGAGCAAAAAACAUCAGUGUGGGUGACUUCAAGAACAUUGCUAAAAUGAAACUACGUACAUUGACGUUAUUACUAGAGGAUGGACUUUAUUAUGAAGCAGGCAGCCUGGAGGAUGUUCAUGCUCAAAGGCUGCAGAUAGCCUUUGGACAUAAUCAAAAAAUUGACCGUAAUCUGACUGCUGAUGCUCUGUCUCUGUUUGCUGAAGUGGAGAUAAUGAAUAUGAUAAAUGGCUACAAAGACCUAAGUAAGCAGCUAAGAGAGACGGUGAAAAUCCACACAACGAGUUUUUAUCUCACCAACAUAACAAUUAAAUGGCAAGACUUAACUGAAUAUGUAAAUGUGGCUCUAAAUACAACUUUGAAACAUCUUCAUGCCUCUGAAAUGAACAUAAAGAAGCCUCCUCAAGACAAAACAGAAGUGAUCAAAACAUCACAGGUGAUUUCUUUCACAGCCAGCCAGGCAGUGGUAACAAGUUUCUUCUUCUCACAGGAGGCUUUAUACAACUUUUUCAUCAGCAUGCCAGUGGAGAGUGUUGCGAUUACUGACACGCCAAUAAUACACAUGACCUGUCCCAAGUCACAGAGUCCAAUACGCCAGCUGGAUUUUUCUAAUUGUGCUAUGUCUGAUUCCAUCUUCUCAAGUGCGGUGGGUAAAAACGUAGUUGAAUGUCAGAACCUGCGUAACCUGAAGAACUUGACUCUGGUAGGCAACAGUCUUAAAAAACUUGAGAUACUGAGCCAACGUUUUCGAUACAUGUCGUCCCUGCAACAUCUGGACCUCAGCGUCAACUCCAUAGGGUAUGACCAGUCAUCACAGUGCAUCUGGCCAGCAAGCAUCACCAAUAUAAAUCUGUCUUCUAAUAGUUUGACCGACUCAGUUUUUCAAUGUCUACCAAAUGGGACACAGAUACUGGACCUCCAGAACAACCAGAUUUCGGUGGUUCCGCAAUCCAUCUUCAAACUGAGAAACCUUUCAACUCUGAAUCUAAAUGCUAACCGGCUGCGGGACCUGCCAGGUUGUGGCACUUUCCCCACACUCCACAAGCUUCUGCUCAGGUCAAAUUCUCUCCAUGCCCCAUCUGUGAACAUAUUGGAAAGCUGUCCCGAACUACAUAUCCUAGAUGUCAGUUUUAACCCCUUCACCUGUACCUGCACUCUCAGAGGUUUCAUAAAGCUUGCUAUCAAAUCUGAAAAGAACAACAACAACCAAUCAGGUAUUGAGCUGCUGAAUUGGCCACAGGGCUAUUACUGCACAUACCCGGAGGACGUUAGAAACUCAACUUUAAGAGACAUCUCGAUCCCAGAGGUCUCCUGCAGCAAUGGCCUUCUAGUGGUUGCAAUUUUGGUUCCAGCAGGGACACUGAUUAUUUUCAUUGUGAUUUUGUGUCACUGUUUGGAUGUUCCCUGGUACACGGGCAUGAUCUGGCAGUGGACAAGAGCCAAACAUCGUGCAAGAAUGCAGCAAGCUCGGCCCGAGGAUCUGGUGGGUCUGGAGUUCCACGCGUUUGUGUCUUAUAGCCAGCACGAUGUUGACUGGGUGCGCAAUUCCCUUCUUCCCAACCUCGAAGGCCCCGCAGGAGGGCUUAGAAUCUGUCAUCACGAGAAAGAUUUUGUGCCGGGAAAGACGAUCAUUGAGAACAUCAUCAGCUGUGUGGAGAAAUGCAGGCGCUCUGUGUUUGUCCUCUCUGCUCACUUUGUCAAGAGCGAGUGGUGUCAUUACGAGCUCUACUUCGCCACCCACCAACGUCUCACUCUGGGCUCAGACAGCAUUGUACUGGUACUGCUUGAGCCUCUGCCUCAAUACCUAAUCCCAUCCAAGUACUACCAGCUGAAGUCCAUGAUGAACCGCCACACAUAUCUGGAGUGGCCUCAAGACAGGGCAAAACAAAGGUUAUUCUGGGCUAACCUCAGAGCUGCCCUACAGACUGACCUGCCAAAUGCUCCAGUCGCACAAGUACAGGAGCAUUGGGCAGAGGAAAGACUUGAAGAGGGACACAGAUAAAAGGGGUAAAAAAAGGGCUACAAAAGUAUUUGGAUACACUGGAAAUACGUCAUAGCUACCCUGCACCUUUAAAGACCGGGCACCUUUUAGGGUUAAUUUAUCUCAUUUGUUUAAUUAGCAUUUAAUGACCAUCUGAUAUGAUUGCAAUGUAUAAAUUAUGAAAUAACACAUAAACUUGUUUAAACCAUUCAAGUAACAUUUAAUGGAAACAUCCAUACAAACUAACAAUUUGAUUCAAGAUUGUAGCAAAAACAUUAACCUAACAAAAAGUAUCAAAAAUGCACUUCUGUCAUUACUGACUCCGGCAAGACAUCACAAUAUGAAAUGUGGUGGUUAUUUAUGUUACCAUCUCAACUUUGUACCACUGAUGAAGAAAAAAUACACAUACUGUAAUGUGAAAAUGAAAGCAGUUGUCUAUCAGUAUUGUUGCUAACACUCUAAAAAGAGAAGUUCACUAUGAAGGUAAAGAAUAAGCCUGCAUGUUAAGAGUUCAGUGCUGGCUGAGAAAGACAAGAGAGCUGGAAAUGUGUCUGCAGAGAAUCAGCUUUCUUGGUCAUUAAGUCAGUCCACUUGCAUUUAAAUUGUGCCUGAAACCUCACAAGCUAAAAUCCAGGUGUCAGGGAAGCGACUGGAUGAUGAUUAUUUUCUCAUUAAUGCAGAAACGGUGAAGCACAGCAAGCAAGUUUUCCCCACAACGUGACACCUGCCUCUCCAUGGCCAGACGGAAAUCCUCCUUCACUCCUUUGGUGAUUCCUCGAGUCACUGUGUGGUGUCUGGAAGAGGAAAAAGACUUUUUUUUAAAAAAUAAAUGCAAACAUAGACAUGGUCAGAGGGGUUUUAUGAGAUACCUUAAAAUAAACAGAGGCUUAGAUUAUAUAACCUAUGCAAUAAAAAUAACUCAUAAAUACUUCAGGUUACAUUUUCCUUACACACACACAUAAAUCAGCCAAACAGCAUUUUCAGUCUUUUCAAAUAAAACAUAAAACAUUCCAUUAUAUUAAUAAUCAAAACCACAUGAAACAUGUCCACACAUGAAAUGAGAUCAAGAGUUAUGACAAGGCAAAAUAACUAAAUUCACUAUACAAAAACACCAACAUCGUCUUCUGUAACAACAACAGUGAUGACCACAGAAAGGCGAGUAAUGGCUCAAAUAAACAAACGCCGACAGAAAUCAAAGAACGACUAACUCUUGAUGUAAAAUGACAGGCCCAAAUUAAAACUGGGGGAUGACAAGCCUUGAAGCUGGGGAUGAAGGAAGGGUGACUGGUGGGGUGGUAGGGGCGGGAUGGGGACUGUGGGAGGAGGGGCCUGGGGUACCUGUCCAUCGUCUGCACCCCUUGUAGCAGGAGAGUAUUUAACUCCACCCCCAGGGCAGGGCUAGGGUUCCUGAGGGACAGCAACAUUCAACAACUGUCAGUGAGGGUGCAUUCAAACGUCUGAACUUCUACAGUAAUGAACGAAGGAGUCAGAAAACAGUUUUUUCUUUCUUCACUUAAACCAUGAACUCCUCUUUAUAAACGCCCACUCCAUUUACAGCUUUUUCAGUUUAAAAGGUCAAUUUUUCCCCACAGGCCUUGUCUAUGUAGAUCAGUCAGUAGCACUGUCCUCUUUUAAAAGCACACCAACAGAAAGGGAGAGUGCAGUCACGAUGCCAACUAAAGAAAAGCUCAUAAUGGGAAGGAGGUUGCUUACUUGAUCAGCAUUCCCUGAUUGGGCAGCAGCUCCAGCUGAAUUCUACCUCCUUCUGGAGUACGCAGGUAUGCAAACUCUUCCAGCAUGUCAAUGUCUGAGAAAAACCAUGAGUUUAAGGAAACCAACAUCCAACACAUAAAGGAAUCACAAAGAGAACUGUCUAUCUACACCAAAAUAAAGGCAAGAAAUCAAGGCAAAAAGGAUACUGGUGACAUAGUUGAAGAAAUUCUCAUACUGGAAGCUGCCUUGUUGGCAUAUUUUGUCCACUGCCUUUAAAAACAGCAUCUCGCCCUGUGGCCAGUCGUACUGCAGGAGCACCACCACGUGACCAAGGGACAGGUCGUCACGACUGUCAGUGAAGGCACGUAGCUGAUUGGCCAAAAAAGGGGGG